AUGGCUAUGAGACUGCUCACGACACACUUAUUGCCAAGGCCAGUCCGCGUGGGCACUAUGAUGCCUUUCGACCCAACAGAGUUGCGGGUCUGGUCACGGAACAAGAACGGAAAGCCACAGAAGAAGGUGCCGACUCGGCGAUCUGACCCAGUCAUGAUCUACAGCGAGAUCUGCAGCCGAGCUCCCACCUUGACAUCGCAGCAUGCCAUCCUGCAAGGUGUGUUGCCGUGGUUGCCCAACGUCAAGGUAUAA